UCCAAAAUGUCUUCAAACAACGAGUCGCACACUGGUCCUGGUGGUUCCGAAGCCAUCAACACUGAGAUCAUCACCCUUACCAGAUUCCUCACUGAGGAGCAGACGAAACACAAGGAGGCCACUGGUGACUUCACCCUUCUCUGCCACUCGCUGCAAUUCGCAUUCAAAUCCAUUGCUUACUACAUUCGCCGUGCCUCGUUGAUCAACCUUUCGGGUCUUGCUGGCUCAGCAAACUCGACCGGCGACGACCAGAAGAAGCUCGAUGUCAUUGGCAACGACAUUUUCAUCUCUGCCAUGAGAUCAUCAGGUCGCGUGCGCAUCUUGGUGUCCGAGGAGGAGGAUGAGCCCAUCAUCUUUGACGAACACCCCAACGCCCGCUACGCCGUCGCUUGCGACCCCAUCGAUGGUUCUUCCAACUUGGACGCUGGUGUGUCAGUCGGAACUAUCUUUGGUAUUUACAAGCUCGCACCAGGCGCCAAGGGCACCAAGGAGGACCUCCUCCGUCCCGGUACCGACAUGGUCGCUGCUGGUUUCACCAUGUACGGUGCCUCUGCACAGCUCGUCAUGACAAUGAAGGAUGGCCCAGUCAACGGCUUCACCAUGGAUAGUGCCCUUGGUGAAUUCAUUCUGACCCACCCCAACAUGAAGAUGCCUACCAAGCGUGCAAUCUACUCGGUCAACGAGGGUAACUCGCUGUGGUGGGAGGAGCCUGUCAAGGAGUGGUGCAAUUCAAUGAAGGUGCCCGAGAAGGAGGGCGGCAAGCCUUACAGCGCAAGAUACAUUGGUAGCAUGGUUGCCGAUGCCUACAGAACUCUUUUGUACGGUGGUAUCUUCGCCUACCCGGCCGAUAAGAAGUCGCCCAAGGGCAAGCUGCGUAUCCUGUACGAGUGUGCCCCUAUGGCCAUGGUCUUUGAGCAAGCAGUCAACAGCAAGAUGGACCGUAUGAUCGAGAUCGUCCCCGAGUCAAUCCACGACAAGUCUGGUAUCUUCAUGGGCUCGUAUGACGAGGUGCAAAAGGUCAUCGACAUCCACAACAAGCACAAGAAAUAA